AGACUGGUGUGAGUGUGAGGAAACCCCGUGGAUCACAUUCAGAAGAACUGGUAGCGAAGAGAAGGCGUUGUACCGUUGACUAGCUAGCUAGAUCAAGAACACCACUAUCUCUUAGCACUCAGUCCUGAGUAGCCAUGACCGAGGUGGUGCUGAAGGAGCGGGUCCAGAUGGCCAAGCUGGCAGAGCAGGCGGAGCGCUACGAUGACAUGGCGGCCCAAAUGAAGGCCGUGACAGAGGAGGGCAACGAGCUCUCCAACGAGGAGCGUAACCUGCUGUCGGUGGCCUACAAAAACGUGGUGGGGGCACGGCGCUCCUCCUGGAGGGUGGUGUGUAGCAUUGAGCAGAAGACCGAAGAGGAGAAGAAGCAGGCGUUGUCCAAGGGGUACAAGGAGGAGAUUGAGAAGGAGCUGAAGGACAUCUGCAACGACGUGCUGGAUCUUCUGGACAAGUUCCUGAUCCCCAAUGCCGUUCCCAAGGAGAGCCAAGUCUUCUACCUAAAGAUGAAGGGAGACUACUACCGCUAUUUAGCGGAGGUGGCCCUCGGAGACGAGAAGCUUGAGAUCAUCAGCAAGUCCCAGGACGCCUAUAAGGACGCGUUUGACAUCAGCAAGGAGCACAUGAAGCCCACCCACCCCAUCCGCCUGGGCCUGGCCCUCAACUUCUCCGUGUUCUACUACGAGAUCCUCAACUCUCCUGAAAAGGCCUGCAAGCUGGCCAAGACGGCCUUUGACGACGCCAUCGCAGAGCUCGAUAAUCUAAGUGAAGAGUCGUACAAAGACAGCACACUGAUCAUGCAGCUACUGAGAGACAAUUUGACACUGUGGACCUCAGAUAACCAGGGGGAUGGCGAGGACACUGAGGAGCCCAGAGAAUGAGCUGGCCCCGUGUGGGGGUCGUCGCCUGCCUGUCAUCACCCUGGCUCAUAAUCAACAGUUGAGACCACCUUGUCAUCAUCGUCCAGCUUCCCUUCUAUCUUUUUUUUUAGUUCCAUGUCCAUCGACCUGUGUCACACUUCCUCUAGGUUUAUUCCUCGGUUGUAGUACUUGUGGGGGGGGGGGGGGGGGGGGGCAUGGUGUCAGAGGGGCUGCUGAUAUUGUUUAAUGUCGGGAAACGAUAUAGGGUGUGUUGCGUAUGUACUGUGGGUGGGGUAAAUUCUCAAGUUGUGCAAUGUGGCAAGUUACGUUUUCAAACGGUUAUACUGUAGGUAUAUUCAUCUAGACGGUAUUGUGCUUGACAGCCGCCAUUACUUGGUACAUCUGUGGUUCACAACAUCAGUCCGACUGAAGUGUGGAGGCAGCAGGUUUAGUGUGUAGCUCUGGAACUGACAGCUGGUUCGUGCAGCAGUGGGAGAGGAGGCUGUUGAUGGUAGGCAUGGUCGCGAUGAAACAAAAGGUUACAUUCCAUGUACUGUUCCAAGUUUCUUAUUCCUCAUUUUGGGUGACCUGCAUUUGUAUUUCUAUGUAUCAAUUACGAGGUCUAGAAAAUCUCUCGAGAACAAAGAGCACACAAGCUUAAUGCUGUGGCUGGGUUACGAGCAGGACAGUAAAACUAGAUCCCAUGUGCUUAUCUAGUUGAUGCUUUUCCCAUUAAGGUUUUUUUCUUUUGGGGGGGGUUUUGUUUGUUUUUUUUCCCUUUCUUUUGAUACUUGCCUGAACUGCAUGUGGCUAUAAGGGUGGUGAAUGGGGAAAGGGGGGCAGACUGUUGAUGGGCUGGCUUGCUUUGUUCAUGUCUUUGGAAUUUUCAUACCGAACACCCAAGCAUAACUGUUAUUUGGAGGGAAAUAUGUUAUUUCAUGUAUGUGGAAUAAAAAGUUAAUUUAAAGUGAA